AUGUCUCUAACAUUUGACCAUCGAGCGAAUAUGCGCGGCAUAAGGAAAUGUCCCCAGUGUGGAACGUUCAACGGGCAUCGUGCUACGAAAUGUAAAAAUCGAUCCUGCCAGCAAAAGCUAAAGGAAACGCCGAGUACUUCCGCUAAAAGCAGCCCAUCAUCCACUCACUUUGCGGUACAGUUGGACCAUUCCAACGGCCAUCUGUACAGUGUUGGCCUUGCCGAUGGGACGAGACACAUUGUCCAGUGCUGUAAAGAUGCGGAUGGCACUAUCACUUCCCUGUCUCACCUCGAUGGUCGCCAAAUUGCUCAUCAGGAUAGGAUUAAGCAGCUCAUUUUGGGCUGUAAAGCUACAGCCGAAGCCUUACCGUUGCUAAAAGAAGCGAUCGAUUCACUGAGCGUGCCGGAAGAUGUGAAGCUUUCCCUGUGGGAAAAACAAUCCCAACCCGCUGCACCCCCAUUGGUGCAGCGUGUGGUAAAUGAUUUGUUUGCCGUUGGACGCGGCGGUACGGUGUACGGUGUGCAUCAUGUAACGGCACUGAAAAAGAACCAAAAAUAUUCCCACUUUCACUGUGAUUGUUGCAAGUCGUCCGAGGGACAGCAAACGACUCCGCCGGUAUGCUGGCACGUGGCGGCCGUUGCAGCCGGAUUGCUGAGCGCACCGGCCAAGCAUGGAUGGGCGAACCUGUUGCAACAAUUUAUCGCCAAAACGAUAAACCCUCCACAAUGUCCGAGCGUGCUGGAUGUGCGGGAGGAUAAGCCGCCCCUUUCCUACGAGUUCCUUCUCGAGCAGGACCAUGGACCGAUGCAGUCGAUGCUGGACUCGACGAUAAUGGAAUUUUUGAACGAGCAGCAGGACCACGGUACCGACCCAGGGCUCGGCAGCAUCUUUGCCGGGGGCGAUGAAAUCCUCGAGCUGCUGGACUGUCAGAUCGAGCUGAUGGACGAGCUGGAUCCGACGGAUCGGAUCGACUUUUGCCCUUCGUACAUCGAGUGUGCACCGGAGGAGGAAUCGGAGGAGAGGCGAGAGGAGCUGCCGGGAAAGGCGGUACAAAUUACGACCAAAAAGGCGGCCCUCAAGCGGUGCGCCCGGAUGGACGGGGCGAAGCUAACACGGGGCAGUUAUAGCGCCCGCAAGCUGAUGAAGGUGCUCGAAUCGAACGGAGUCAUCUUCAAUCGGCUGCGGCGUCCGGCAAAGGGGGAUCACCUCGAGGGCGCCUCCAUUCCCCCCUACGAAGCAACCGCCUGCAGUUUGUCCUUUACCCGUUGGCUUGGGUCGGUGAUUGAGCAGCUCAACUCGAGCAUCGAUUACGCCGCGGACGGCCGACCGGAUGUGCAAACGUUUCGCAUCCAGGAGGAUUUCUUCCGCUGCCUGCGUGCCCGCUUUUCCACUGGCCAUGGAUUGCGGCAACCCGAACCGGUGGAGGGGGAAGCCAGGCAGGGCGAGGUAAACAAUCACCCUCAGGUGUACAGGUUUACUCACCACCAAACGCUGCGGCACACGUUUCGCACGGAUGAGAUAGAGCUUUGCUUCGAAAAAAGCUUCCACCGGAGCGCGGACGGUCGUUACACUGCUGCCGCGGACGAUCUGGCCGACGAGCAGGAUGAUUCCUCGUCUGGAGAAGGUGCGGGUGCUUCGAGCCGGACAAUUGCUAUUCGGCCGCAACGGUACAGCACGUACAUUAAGCUGGGUCGCUACAAGCACGAGCAGGAUCCGGACCGCGUGUACCACUUUACGAUCGAAUGGUUUGGGGGCGUUCUGCCGCGCAGUGGGUUCGGUGAUUUGCGCAUUUCGUUCGAGUAUGGGCAUCGGAUAAACAACCGGUACGUUCCGCCUCCUCCGGUAGGUAGUAAAGAGUAACGGCUUUUUUUUUGCUGAUUUUUCCAUAACAUUCAAAUAGAGUGAAGGAAGGUGUAUUAUUCAUUGUGAUAGUUUUUGUUCGUAAUUACACGCACGUGUCCUUCCAAUGUUGCGAGGACUCGAUUUUUUUUUGGGGAUAACAAACAAACAACGCAUACGCUACUAGAUGACCGUCCGGUCGUUCAUUGAUAGGAGAGGGUAAGAUAUUUGAGAGAGAGAGAGAAAAAACGUAAAAGGGCAGUGUGUUAUUAUGUCUGCUUUCAAUUGAAAUUAUAACACAAGUAAAAGUUGUUUAUAAAACAAACUAACUUCGCAAAGAAAUAAAGAACAAACAAAAA